AUGGAUCUCGAGCAUCGUAUCAAAGCGUACCGCUUUGUCUCCUAUGCGGCUGUUACGUUCUCAAUCGUCGCUGUAUUGUCAGUGUGCUUUACGUUACCCAUGGUGUACAACUAUGUGAGCUAUGUGAAGCGACAAAUAAACACGGACAUCACUUUCUGCCGCGCUUCGGCUAAGGAUAUUUGGUCCGAGGUGAACAAUCUGGCCAAUGUCCCGGCAAACAGGACCAGAACCGCUCGUCAAACGGGAUACGAUGGCGGAGUUGGCAAUGGAGGCAAUGGCGGUGGUUGCAGUGGAUGUUGUCUGCCUGGAGCACCUGGAGGCCCCGGUACCCCUGGAAAGCCCGGUCGUCCCGGAAAGCCCGGCGCGCCUGGUCUUCCUGGCAAUCCUGGACGGCAACCCGGACCCAAAGGACCUCCCGGACCAGAUGGACAACCCGGACCUGAUGGCAAUCCGGGAGCCCCUGGAGAUCAUGGAGCACCGGGAGGUGAUGGCGAGAAGGGAAUCUGCCCUAAGUACUGCGCCAUCGACGGAGGAGUCUUCUUCGAGGACGGAACUCGGCGAUAA